AUGAAUAAAUAUUCGCCUGAAAGCCUUAAAUGUCUAAUAGGUGCAGUAUUGGUAAAAGCAGGAUAAGCACUAUUGAUGACUUGGGGAAAAUCUAACGUUUAUUAUUAUUCAUAUUACAAAAUGAAUGAUCCUAAUUUAUCAGUCGCUUACAACACCUUACCUUUAGCAUUGAUGGGCAUACCUUUGGCUGCUGCAUCAGUAUAUUCAUUAAAGUUAGCAGAUAGAAUAGGUUACGAAAAACUAAUAAGAAUCACAACAUCAUUAUAAUUCUUAUCAUUUCUCAUAGCAUUACAUGCAAACUCUUAUUUAGAAUUUAUAAUUUUUUAUUUGGGAUUUAUUGGUUUAGGAUAUGCUUUAAUAGCCUUUCCUUUGUUGAAAUGCCUCUGGAGUCACUUUUAAGAAGAAGAAGGUAUGGUCACAGGUAUUUUAUUUGGAGUAUUUGGAUUUGCGACAUUUUUUUUUUUACUCCUAGUGACAUAUAUAGUAAAUCCAAACAACGAAGAAGCAACUUUAUCAAUGAAAGUAGGUUCUCAGGAAUAUCUAUAUUUCUCUGAGGAAGUUGCUGUUAAUACAUACUAAGCCAUAAAGUUUGCUGGAUUUAUAGCAGGCGCUUUAAGUGUUUGCGGUAGUAUAUUAAUAAACCAGAGAAAAUUGGAGGUGGCCGAAGAGCAGGAAUUAUAGGUGUUGACUAGUGAAAUUUAGAAUAUCAAAAUUACUCCAAAUGACCCUCUAUUGCAAGUUGUAAAAACAACUCAAUUCAAAAUAAUUCUUGGAUCUUAUUUCACUGUGUUUUUUUUUGAAGUGACAUUAGGAUUAAACUAUAAAACUUAUGUGUUACAAAAGAUUAAUAAUGACUAAUUGAUUACAUGGGUUGACACACUUGCAAUUAUUUUAGGGUCUAUUGCUAAUUUUAUCUUUGGUAAGAUGGCUGAUUAGGUUAAAUUUACUCUCUUAUUACACAAAUUAUUAAUAAUUAUGAGUAUUAUAGCUGUAAUGAUUCCUAUUUCCUUGAAUAUUUCGAAGGAUUUAUUCAUUAUUGAUUAUCUUUUGUUAUCGAUAGUUUCUAAAGGAAUUAUUGUCAUUUUAGGUCCAGGAUUACUCUAGAUUUUUGGUAAAAAAACAGGUGCUGACAUCCUGCCAAUUGUCAAUUUUAGUGGAUUGUUAGGCUUCAUCAUUUCCUCUCUAUCUAUACUAUUGAUAGUCCCAAUAUUGAGAUUUGAUGGCACAUUCAUUUUUCAAGGAUUAUUAAUUGGAUUGGCUGCUUAUAGUACUAAAAAGAUCAAUUAAUGA